AUGAAGAUAUUUCCACAGAUCGCUCUUCUUUCCAUGACCACAGCAGCAAAUGCUGCCACCGUCGCCUACGAUUUCAACGUAUCAUGGGUCACGGCAAAUCCAGAUGGCCUAGUCGAGCGACAGGUCAUUGGAAUCAACGGCCAAUGGCCACCUCCGAGGAUAGACGCCCAAGUUGGUGAUCGCCUGGUCGUCAAUCUCUUGAACUCGCUCGGAGACGAAGACACUUCCCUCCAUUUUCACGGCUUGUUCAUGAACGGGUCAACUCACAUGGACGGCGCCUCCAUGGUCUCACAAUGCCCGAUUCCCCGGGGAGCCAGCUUCACCUACGACUUCACUAUUGACCAACCGGGCACUUACUGGUAUCACUCACACACCCAAGGCCAAUAUCCGGAUGGCUUUCGAGGACCCUUCAUUAUUCACGAUCCCAAGACCCCGUUUCAAUACGACGAAGAGCUUGUUCUCACCGUUUCUGAUUGGUAUCAUGAACGAAUGUCUGCAUUGCAACCGCGUUUCAUGAGCAAGUAUAACCCAACUGGAGCCGAACCGGUACCAAACUCUGCGCUCAUGAACGACACUCAGGACUUGACCAUCCCUAUGAUACCCGAAAGAACUUACUUGUUCCGCAUGGCGAACAUUGGAGCUUUUGCUGGUCAGUACAUAUGGAUUGAAGACCAUAACAUGACUGUGGUUGAGAUGGAUGGUGUCUAUGUCCAUCCUACGGAGACAAUCAUGGUCUAUCUGUCUGCUGCUCAGAGAUGCAGCUUUCUCCUCAAGGCCAAGAAAGAAACUUCACGAAACUUUCCGAUCAUAGCCAGCAUGGACACGACCCUCUUCGACACUAUCCCCCCUUCCCUCAACCCAAACGUAACCAGCUACCUUCUCUACAACAAAACCGCGCCCAUGCCCUCACCAAGUCCUCUUAAAUCUUUCACACCCCUCGAUGACACUCACCUCCGUCCCCGUGACAACCUCGACAUCCUCCCCCUUCCCGAUCAAACCAUAACCCUCAAUAUAUCCAUGUCCAACCUCGCCUCUGGCGCCAACUACGCCUUCUUCAACAACAUCACCUACGUCUCUCCCCUCGUACCCACUCUCUACACCGUCCUCUCCUCCCCCAACACCUCCGAAAUAACCAAUAACCCCUCAAUAUACGGCACCUACACACACCCCUACAUCCUGCCCCACAACUCCAUCAACCAACUAGUCCUCAACAACCUCGACACAGGCCGCCACCCCUUCCACCUCCACGGCCACAACUUCCAAAUACUCCAUCGUUCCGGUGCCGACGAAGGACCCUGGUCCAGAUCAGCCAACAACUCCGCUUACAACCACAAAGCCCCGAUGCGCAGAGACACGCUCGUAGUGGAACCAAACGGCAACGCAGUCCUACGAUUCAAAGCUGAUAACCCGGGCGUGUGGUUAUUCCAUUGUCAUAUCGAGUGGCAUAUGAUUAGUGGGUUGGCGGUGACUUUUGUUGAGGCUCCUGAGGUUCUACAGCAGAGUUUACAGAUACCAGAGGAUCAUUUCUCUGCUUGUAAACGUCAAGAUGGCAAGGGGAGUGGGAAUGGGAAUGGGAAGGAUAUUUCGGUUGUGGGAAACGCUGCUGGACGUGGAGAUCCUGAAGGAGACCCAAAAGAGUGGUUGGUUCUAGACGGACAACCUUCCCCGCCGGGAGAGUUGCACUCGCGAUUCACCCGGGGAGGGGUUGUGGCUUUGGCUAUCAGCUGUCUUACGGGGGUCUUGGGCGUUGCGGUAGUAGGCUGGUAUGGAUUUUCCGAACCUGUUACCAAUCCUAAGGCUGAGGCUGCUGCUGAGGAAGGGUUUCUGUCUGGAGCACAGUAUUCAGACAAGAGGAAAUCAGUUGGUGAUGGUGAUGCUCUUCAUGUUGGAUUAUUUGAUGGUGGUGCGGAUGCAGCAGCUCCGCCUCCAGGGAAGAAGCCAGAUGCCGCUGCUGCUGCCUCUGGUCUUUCAAUUGCUGUGACUGUGAUCAGACGUGGAACUGAAGCCGUUGAGUCCGAGGCUGUGUCUUUUGGAAGUGAAGAGGCUGCAGUCAAUGCCGUGGGUGAGAGGAGAGAGAAAAAAAGGGAGGAGUGGAGGUGGAUGUUGAGGGAAUAA